AUGAGGACAGCAUCGUGGCGAGCCGUGUCGCUGCUCAUACUAUGUCUCGUACUGGCCUUUGUCAACUGCCAGGAGGCCGUCCCGAGUCAACAAGAUGGCUCCCAUCAUGACACGACGCCAUAUAUUCCCACCACACAAGACCCCGCCGAGACACACANNCCAAAAAUACCGCCGUACGAACAGAGCCCAGCUGUCAAGGAUGCUCUCACAUCUCUGCGCAAGAUCCGGCCUGCGAAAAGUCGCCUCGCGCGCCUCAGCAAGCCUUCUGGUCUCGUGGCCAAGACCAUCUACUACGCCAAAGAGCUGUUUGUCCUUCUCUUCAUGAACCAGCCCGACCAAAAGGACCUUCUGAUCACCGAUACUACUCCUCCGCCUCUCGCUCCCGCCCUGCACAGCGCCGUCACUCUACUGCAAGAUGCAGCCGCCGAUCAAGAUCCCGACGCCUUGUGGCUGUUGGCCGAGAUGAACUUCCAUGGCAACUUCACCCAUCCUAGAAACUACUCGCACGCCUUCGAAUAUUACCAGACUCUGGCAUACCUGAAUGGCAACAGCUCCGCUCAGUACAUGCUAGGCUUCAUGUACGCCACUGGCAUUGGAAAUGCCGUUCCACAAGAUCAGGCCAGAGCCCUCCUAUACCACACUUUUGCCGCCGAGCAAGGUGACAUUCGCUCUCAGAUGACACUCGCUUAUCGUCAUCACUCUGGAGUUGCUACACCGAGAAACUGUGAAGAGGCGGUUCAUUGGUACAGGCUAGUCGCAAAGCAGGCUGUCGAGUUCUACAAAUCUGGCCCUCCUGGUGGCCACUCGUUGGUCAAGAACGCUUUCCGCUUGGUCGACGAAGAGGGAGGCAUUUAUGGCGAAGGCGCCAGUGUCAGCAGUUCUGGUGUCAACGCAAAGACUGGAGGCCCAACAUCAGACGCCUAUGCCGAUCUGGACGACGUUCUCGAAUUCCUCGACUUUCAGUCAAGGAAAGGUGAUCCCAAGGCUACUUUCCAUCUCGGAAGGCUGUAUUACGAUGGCUCACGAGGUUUGGCUCGCAACUUCCCAGAGGCAAAAGACCACUUCAUGCAGGUUGCUAGACUAUAUUGGACUCCUUCUGGCAAGGUCAAGUCUGACGUUUCGUCUCUUGUUGAGAAGCUCGCGCCAAAGGCCGCUGGUUACUUGGGUAGAAUGUUCCUACGUGGCGAGGGCACCGAAAAGAGCUACAGCAAGGCCAAGAUCUGGUUCUCUCGCGGCAUUGAACAUGGUGACGCCCUAUCCCAGUACUCUAUGGGAGUCAUGUAUAUGGAAGGAUUGGGUGUCCCCAAGAAUCCUGUCAGAGCUGCCGAGUACUUUUCCCCUGCUGCAGACCAAGACCUCGCAGUAGCUCAAACAAACCUAGGCAUUCUGUUUAUGGAUCAAGGCGACAUCCAGACCGGCAGGAGCUACUUUGAGCUGGCCGCUCGCAACAGUCACAUCGAGGCUUUUUACUACUUGGCUGAGCUGAGUAACCAAGGCGUUGGUCGUGACCGCUCGUGCGGCAUGGCUUCCGUCUAUUACAAGAUAGCUGCCGAGAAAGCCGAGGUCAUUCAUUCGUCUUUCAUCGAGGCGAACGAGGCCUAUGAGCGUGGUGACCUGGAGACUGCCAUCAUCGCAUACAUGAUGGCUGCUGAACAGGGCUAUGAGAACGCACAAGCAAAUGUCGGAUACCUACUCGACCACACUCGCCCACGCUAUUCACUCCCCUCGAUUUUCCCCUUUCUUCGUCGCCGUGUGGAUGCAGCCAGUGAUGCAGCUCUUGCUCUCAUCUACUGGACCCGUUCAGCUAAACAAUCCAACACCGACUCGCUCGUCAAGAUGGGCGACUACUACCUUGAUGGUGUUGGUGCUGCGUCAUCUCCCGAGAACGCAGCUGUCUGCUAUCAAGCCGCUGCCGAGGGAAUGUUAAGUGAGGGCAUGGCUAGUGCGCAAGCCAUGUGGAAUCUUGGCUGGAUGCACGAGAAUGGUAUCGGCAUCGAGCAAGAUUUCCAUCUAGCCAAACGUUUCUACGAUCAGGCGCUUGGAACAAACGCAGAAGCAUACCUGCCUGCCAAGUUGAGUCUUGCAAAAUUGAGACUGCGCAGUUGGUGGAACGGUGUUAGUGGUGGCAGUGUCAACUCUAUCAGAGAUGAGCCUUGUAAGUGA